AUGAAAUCCCCAAAUAAUAUUUCAACAAGUAGUGAAAAGCCUUACAACAAUGUAGACUUUGUUAAGAGUAGAAUAAACACAUACAAUUUGAAUAAUGAAAACAAGAUGAAUAAAAAUUAUUUGCAGAUAGGUAAAUAUAAAAAUACUUUUGAAAAAACAAAAAAUGUAGACAAUUGUAUGACAACAAAAUCUUUGAAUAAUUUAAAAAAUAAAAAGGAUAUUAUAAGAAAUGGAAAAUAUGUGAAUGAAAAAAUAAAAAUGAGUGAACAAAUUAAUGUUAAUGAAAAUUUAAAACUUUUAAAAAAUAAAAUACCUUUGUUAAAAACUAAUAUUCUUAGAACAAAGGAAACAAAUAAAUCAAUUAAUACAUUUAAAUACAAAUCAAAUAUUGAAACAAAAGAAAAUGUCGAAAGGGGGGAAAUAAUAAAAGAUAUAAAUAUAUUUAAUGAUAAAAAUAAAUAUAUAGAAAAAAAUUACUCACCAAAAAAUAAGAAUGAGGAAAAUAAAUUAGAAAAAAUAUCUAAUAUUAAUAAUAUUAAUAAUAUUACUAAUAUUAGUAAUGAUAUAAGUAAUAAUACCAUUUUAGACGCAUUAUCAAAUACAAAUAAUGAAAAAAAUAUUUAUAUGAAUAAUAGUCCAAUUAAGAAAGACACAGAAUUUAUUUCAAAUAUGAAAAGAACAUCAAUUAAUAUUAAUAAUAAAGAUUAUAUACGUAAUAUAUCUAAACCAUAUAUAAGAAGAAGUGUUACUUUUACGAACACGGGCAAAAAUAUACCUCUGAAUAAAAACAUAUCGUCAAUAAAUAAUAAUGAAAAUAUCUUAAACGAAAAAAAAAUAAAUGAGAAAAUAUACAUUCCAAAUAGGUUAUAUAUCCCACAACAUUCUCUCAUCAAAAAUAAAAUAGAGAGUAGUAACAAAAUAAAUAAUAUUAAUACUAUAAAUAAAAUGAGUAGUAUUAUUAACAAUAAUAAUAAUAAUAAUAAUUCCAUUAUGGUGGUCAAAGAUAUAAAUAAUAAAGACAUAAAAAAUUUGACAAAAGAAAAAAACAAUAAAAUAAUAACAUCUAUAUCACCUGUAGGUAUAAACAAAAAAGAAAUACACAAAAAUUCCAAUAUUAUAGAAAAUACAAUAUCUCCUACACUUAUUCCAAAUUAUAAAAAAAUAAAAAUUUUAAAAGAAACAAAAAUAAUCAAGCCUUUGUCUAACGACACAUUUCAUAAUAAUUUAAAAACAACACUUAUCAAUACUAUAAUGAAUCCACCUGCCCAAAAAAAAAUAAUAAAAGGAGACAUAAAUGAUAUAUAUAUAAAACAAAAAAAAACAAAUAAUAUAAAUUUAAAAAAAAUAAAUGUUCCAAUAAAUAAAAGAAUUACUACUAUUAUAAAUAAGAACGAACAUGAUAACAGUAUUAUAUCUAAACAAUUAACUCAUAAAAAAAAUUUUAUCGAAAUAAAUAAACAGCCAUUAUUAAGGAGACACUCCACAGCUGUUUUAAAUCAUAACAUUUCUAAUUUAAAAAAAAAAAACAUAAGUAAUGUCAAAGAUAAAAAUGAUAAAAUGUAUUUAAACAAGGGAAAUAUAAUAUAUAAAGAAAAUAAUACAUAUAAUAAUCAUGAUAAAGUAAACAUUAUAAAAAAUAUUCCUAUAAAUAACAUACAAAAUGAACAAGAAACGGAUAUAAUACCUUCAAACGUUUUAAUUAAACAAAAUGUGAGGACUCCAAAAAUUAUAAUAAUAAAAAAGGAUAACAAUCAAAAAAAUGGAAACGUGGAAAACAAAAUUAACAAUAAUAAAAAAAAUGACAAUAAUAAUAAUCAAUCGUAUGGAGAAAAAAGUAACAAAAUCAAUGCUCUCUUUAAUAUACCAAAACGAUUAAGUACUUCGAUAUAUACUAAAAUAAAAAAGAAUUUCAUAGCCAAGAUUAAUAGAAAUUUGAACGAGACAAAUAAAAAAAAUGAUGAUGAAAAUAUCUAUGAUAAAACAAAUGAAUCGACUGAAAUGAAAAUAAGUGAACCAAUAAAUGAAAUAUUAGUUGAAAGAAAAAAUCAAAUAUUGUAUGACCUACAAAAUAAUCAGGGAGAAUUAAAUUACAGGAAGAAUGAAUUAACCAAUGAUAACAUACCCUCAGAAUAUCUUGAAAAUAUAAAUAAGGAAGAAUACAUCUUAAAAGAAGAUAUAGAAUGUAAUAAUAAAAAUAUUGCUCAAACAAAUAUUGUUGAAAAUAAGGAUAACAAAAUAAAUGAUGUAAGUUAUAAAAAUAUUACAUAUAAUGACAAAAUAAUAGAUACCAAUGAAACUAUGGUAAGUGAAAAAUUAAAGGAUAUACAAUCCACUGAUUUAUCAUGUGAAUAUAUUGAAGAAAAUCAAAAAAAGUUUAAAAAUGAAUAUAUAAAUGAAGAAAAAAAUAAAAUUAUUAAUGAGUUACAUCCUAAACGCUUAUCCUACGAUGAUAAUAAAAUGUAUCCUUCAAGUUGUUAUAAUUAUAUUAACGAAAAGGAAUCAGAAAUGAUACAUAAAAUGAAUAAAAAUGUUUGCAGUUAUGAAGAAAUUUCAACCUAUGAAAAAACAAAAUAUAUAUAUCCUAAUGAAACACAGGAAAGUAUAAAUUGUGAUAUAACAAAUAUUUCGAAAGAUAAUAAUCAGUCUGGUCACAAUGAUAAAGAGUAUAAAACGAAUAAUUUAAAUAUUAAUCAGAAAGGUAAUCAUAAUGAGGAAAUAUCUCAUAAUGAUAAAAUAUUACAUGAUAAAAUAUCUCAUAAUGAUAAAAUAUUACAUGAUAAAAUAUCUCAUAAUGAUAAAAUAUCACAUAAUGAUGGGAUACUUAUUUUGGGAAAUAAAAAUAUACAAGAUAUAUCAAAAGAUUUUAUAAAAAGUAAAACAAUUAAUAAAAUUCAUAUAUCUAAUAAUUGUAUAAACAUGUAUGAGGAAGAAGAAAAAAAUGAAGAAAGUAUUAAAAAAAUUAUGAAUGAAAAAUUAAAUACUAUCAAAACAAAUCAAACAAUUGAAAAUAAAGGUAAAAAUAAAAUAAAUGAUAACACAAAAAUGGUUUUCCAAAAAAGAACACAUGAUACAUUACAAGGAAAACAUUCCUUUGGUCAUAUAAAUAAUGAAAUAAAUAAAAUCAUUUCGCUGGAAGAUGAUCCAUUAAAUAAUAAAGGAGACUUUAUAUUUUUACGUGACCUUAACAAGAAUAACAAUAAAACAAUAAUCCAUGAAUCAGAUGAAAAUACACAGAAUGAUAUGAAACAUCAAAUUAUUGAAGAUAAAAAGGAAGUGAAAAAGGUAGAAGUAGAAGAAACAUUAACUUAUCAUAAAAUAAUAGAUGACAAAAAUGAAAAUUAUUAUGAACAAAACAUAACAGAUAAAAUAGAAAUAUACAAUAAACAAAAAGAAGAUGAUAAAAUUAUUGGGGAAAAAAAUGCUGAACAAAAAAUGAUGCAAAAUAUAGAAGAACAAAAGAAAGAACAAAUAACAAACAGAACAAAGGAUGCAGAAAAAAAAUAUUCCUGUAUACAUUUUACAGAGUUAAAUAAAAAUAUAUGUAAAUUUUUAAAUUCGAACAAUUACAAAAUUAAAAGGAACAGAAAUAAGAAAAAUAAAGGUAAAAUGAUAAAAGAAAAUGAAAAGAAUCAUCCACAUCCAUAUCGACAUUCACAUAUACAUAUACAUAAACAUAAUCAAAAAGAUACACAUUCAUAUCGACAUUCAUACACACGGUCACAUCCACAUCCUCUUGAUAUAUAUUACAAAACGUAUAUAAAAAAAAGUAGAAAAAGUAACAAAAGUGAAGAUUAUUCACUUGUGGAACAAAAUAAUAUUGGUUUAACAAAUGAAAACAAGAAAAAAAUAAAAAAUAAUUACAUUCCAUACGAAUCAUAUGAAAAUAAGAAUGAGAAAAAGUUAUCUCUUAUUUUAAAAAAAAAAAAAAAAAUAAAAAAUAAUAAUAAUAAUAAUAAUAUGAUAAAUAAAAUAUUGGAGAAAAAAAAGUUAUCAAAUAAUUAUAAACUGUAUAAUUAUUAUUCACAAUUUUUUCAAAGUUAUAAUCUCAGCAUAAAUAGGUUUAGGAGAAAAAAUCAAAAAAAUUAUGAGCAAGAAAAAAAAAAGAGAAAAAAAAAUUUACAUGUAAUAUUAUUCCCUUUACAUAAAAACAAAACAAAUGAUCAAAAGUUAAAUAAUAUAAUAGAAUUAAACAAGGAACAAACUAUUCAAACCAAAAGGAGGAAAAUUUCUAAUUAUAAGAAUAUACAAGAUAAUAAUUUUGAUAAAAAAACAAGAAAACAAAAAAGAAAACAAAAAAAAAUUACAUUUAUUCAUGAUAAAUUAGAACAAAAAGAAUGUAUUAUCCAACCAAAUGAUAAAAUGAAUAAACAUUUAAAUAAUAGCAAUUGUGAUGAAAGUGAAGAAAAAGAAAAUAAUCAUAUGGAGAUAGGGACAAAUACAAAUAUGAUAAAAGAAUAUUAUUCAAGGAGUAACGAAGAAAUAUUACUUGAUAAUAUGUCAAGUGAGAAUAUUAAUGAAUUGAAAGAGAAAAAUGGAUAUAUCAUUGAAAUGGAAAAUAAAAUGGAAAAAGAAGGAAAAAAAAUCAAGAUUGUAAAUAAUGAAAAAUCCCAGAUGGAUGAUGAUAAUGAAAAAAAAAAUAAUAAUAAUUUUAAUAUUAGAAAUGAUAUAAAGAUAGAUGUUGAAAAAUAUUUAGAAGAAAAUAAAAACCUCUUUUUUUAUGAACAUGAAUGGAUAAAUAUUAUAUUACAAUUAAUAAAUAAGGAUAAUUUUCAUUUGGCAGAAGAAUUAAUGAUAUUAAUAUUUCAGAAAGAAGAAAAAAUAUACAAAAAUUUUAUAGAAGAAAGAAAUAAAAAUAUAAAAGGAAAUAAUGGAUAUAAAUAUAAUACAACAUGUGAUAAUAUAAAUGUCAGUACAUGUGAUAAUAUAAAUAAUAUGAAUAAUAUAGAAAAUAUAAAUCAUCAAAAUGAUAAUAAUAUAAUUUUAUCAAGUGGUAAUAAAAUAGAAGAACGUAUAAAACUAUCCAAUUUUAUGCAACAAAUAUUUAAUUAUUGUCCUAUUGAAUGGCCAUUAUUAGAUAUUAGUAUCUUAAUAAUUGUAUGUCAAGUAGUUUGUUAUAUUUUCAGUUUGAAUAAAUAUCAUAUGUUUACAGAUUGUUGUAUAAUGUUUGAAAAAUAUUGUAUUGGUAUAUUAUUAAACUCUUCACUUAUUAGUUCAAAUAAAAAUCGAAAUACUAUCCUUAUGUUUGAACAUGAUUUUUUUUAUAAAUUUAUUGUCUCACAUAAUUAUAAAAAACCAACCAUUGAUGUAAUAAAAUAUCACAAGAAUUAUUUAAAGAAUGAUCAUUUUAUAGAAGAAAAAACUAUACUAGAUGUCAUUUUUCUUGCUCUAGCAUAUUAUAUAACUGUUAGUCACAAUCUAAAUGAAUAUAUACAAACAAAUAAUAUCAUAUCAUAUAUAAAUGUACUAAAUAAAAAUGUUCCUCAUGAUGUUGAAUCACAAGGAAUAGAAGAAAACUUGACUACACCACAAAAAAAAAAAAGGAAACAUAUAAGGAAUAUAUUGAAUAUAUCUAAAAAUAUAGGUACAGAAAAAAAAUCAACAAUAAAUAAUAAAAGAAAAAGUCAUAAUAAUAAUAACAAUAAUAAUAAUGACAAUAAUGACAAUAAUUACAAUAAUAAUGACAAUGUUUUUUAUGAUGACAUGCAUUUAUUUACACAUAAUAAUUCUUUUUCUCCUUAUUCAAACAAAAAUAUUAAUAUAUAUAAAAAUGUUCCUAAUAAAAGAUAUAAAACAUAUAGACGUUCCUCAUAUAGUACAUUCGGGCACCAUUUGAAAAAACAAAAUUAUAAUUAUUCCAUUAUGAAACAUAGAUACUCAGAAUUUUUGCCAAUAUCAAAAAAGCUAUCCUAUAUAGAUUCAAAAUUAAAAAGAACAAGGACCUAUGAAAAAAAAUUAAAAAAAAGACUCAGCAUAUUAAGGACAACAAAAUGUAUUAAAAAAAUGAAUAGUAAAGAUUAUUCAAAUAAAUAUAUUAUCAAAGAGAAUAAUCAAAUUGAGGAGAAAACAAAAUGGAUGAAUAGAAAAAAUUAUUAUGACCAACCAAAUAACGAUAAAAUAUAUGAUAAUGAACAAAAAGAAAAUAUACAUUUGAAUGAUACAACUCCUUUAAUGAUUAGCCAAAAUAAUAUUACAAAUUUAGUGUUAUCAAAAAAUAGCAAGAUGGAUACAAUUAUAAAAUAUCAAACAAAAACGAAUUUUGAAAAAUUAUUGUGUCUUAUAAUAAUAGAAAUUUUUAAUUUAAUUUAUGAUAAUAGACAAUAUUCCGUUGAAAAUAUUCUGAUCAUUAGAAAAUUCUUCCGAGUAUUUCUUAAUUUUGCUCAGAAGAAAUUUCUAUCGUUAUCUUUAAAGAGACAUCUGAAAAGGAACAUGUGUGAUAUGAAAGAAAAUGGUAAAAUGGAUAAUAUGAGUAUAAAUAAAAUUAAUAUUUUUAACCAUAAAGAUAAUAUAAGUAUAAAUAAAAAUAAUAUUUGCAACAAUGAUAAUAAUAUAAGUAACAUAUAUAAUAUGAAUAAUUUAAAAUGUAGAGACACAAAUAUAUCAUCUUACGAGAUAAAAGAAAGCAAAGAAUUGAUACAGUCACCAAAUAAUAUCUAUGAAAAUUAUUACAAUAUAUGGAUAUGGGUUGAACGUAUAUUUUCAGAAAAUUUUUACGAAAUAAACAAUAUGUUAUAUAAUUUGAAUAGUUCUAAAAAUAAUAAUAAUAAUAGUAAUAAUUCAAGAAAUGAAGAUAUCAAUAUUAAUUAUGAAAAAAUAGAACUAAUCAGUCAAAAUAUUAAACGUUUUUCUAAUGUACAAAAGAGGAAUUGUUUUGUCUUAAAAUAUUAUUGGAGUGUUUUUGGAAUUAAUGAAGGAUAUAAUGAAAAGAAUAUAAGAAGAGAAAAUUAUAUGAAUGAAAAAAUUGAUUUUACACCUAACAAAUGUUUUAAUGAUAUAUAUUCAUAUAUAAAUCAAUGGGAUGAUAAAAAGAACUCAUCAGAUAUUAACUCUUUAUUAUCAUACUGUUAUUUUCCAAAAUAUUUUUCUCUUAAACAUGAAAAUAAUUUGAAAAAUAAAAUAUUUCUCAAGUUAGAAAAAAAAGAUCUUCUAUAUGAUACUCUUACAUUAUAUUAUUUAUCUUCGAUAGAAUGUAUAUGCAAAGUAUUUCUUGCAAUUGAAGAUAUUCCAUCAUUUUUACACUUACAACAUGAAUCUAAUAUUGUAAAUAAUUUGUUGUUAAAAGAAAAUUAUAAUAUUAAUGAAUCACCUUAUUUAAAUAGAUCAUAUGAAAAUAAAAUAGAAACGAUGAAUAGUGUACGUUUAAACAAUGACAAUUAUGAUGAUAUAAAUGAAGAAAAGGAUUCGAGUUAUUGGAUAAAAAUAUUGAAAAAUAAAUUGAAAAUAUAUGAUAUACAAUGGCAUGAAGAAUAUGAAAAGAAAUAUUUAAAUUUAGUUAUUUAUAUGAAAUUAAUGAAACAAAAAUUUAAAGAAAAUCAUAUUUUUAAUAAAAUUAUGAAAUAUAAUAUUUCAUCUAUAUGGUUAAAUAAAAGUCAAGUAUAUUUACAAUAUAUUCAAAUAACAAUUAAUUGUAAAUUUUAUUUGCAUUGUUCGUAUAAUACUAUUUAUUUAUUUAUCAAAAAAAAUUAUAUAUUUGUUAUACGAAUGAUAGAACAUUAUGUCAAUGAAAAAAAAAUAACUCUUGAUGGAAAAAAUGAACAAGAAAAAAAUUAUAAGAAUAAAAAUAAUAAAAUGAAAAAUAACAUCAACAAUAAUAAUAAUAAUAAUAAAUAUAACGACUUAUUUGUGUCUUCGCAUAAUAAUCAUAUUCAUAAUGAAAAUGGUGAUAUGUCUAGCCAAGUGGAUGACAAUUUUUUAUUUAUGGCAUGGGAAAUUGCAAACUUUUAUUUCUCUAUACUUUACUAUAAAUUAGACUUAAAAAACAUUUUGAUUGAAUUGUUCAAAUGGAUAAAGUUAUUUGAAAAUUAUCACAACAAGCGUUUUUUUCGUAUAUUAAAGUUCAGAUGUAUAUCAUAUGUUAUACAUAUAUUAAUAUUUAUGAAUAAAUAUAAAUAUGCCGAAAGGAUUGUCAAAAAUGUGUUCCGUGUUAAUAUAAAGAAAAAGAGGAAACUAUAUCAAAAUGGUAUAAAACAAAAUAAAGAAAUAAUAAAAGGCAAAUAUCAAAAUAAUGAAAAUGAAUUUUAUAUAUACAAUAAGGAGAACAUUAAUAAUAGUUGUAAUGUGAUAGAAGAUAAAGAUAUAUCACAGGAAUGUAAUAUGAAAAAGGACCAAAAUGUAAAUGAUUAUAAUGUGACUAUGACAAAUGAACAAAUUCAGUCUAUCCAAAAUGUAAACUCACCCAACAAAUAUGAAAAAAAUAUCAACCAUAAUAACAAUAAUAAUAAUAAUAUGUUGAAGUGCUAUGCAAAUAUGCAAAAAUUUAACAGUAGAUAUUAUUUUAAAAAACGGAGAAAAAAAAAUACAAACUGUCAUAUUAUGAACAAAUGUUAUUUAUACCAUAGGUGGAUUAACUUUUUGAUGAAAAAAUAUAAUAAAAUCGUAAUUUACUUAUUAAAAAAGAAAAAUAUAGUAAAACUUAUAUUAUUUAAUAAUAGAAAUGUACAUGUUCUUAUGAGAAAAAAAAAAGAAAGAAUUCUUAUAAAAGAAGUUAGUUUCAAAAUGAAUUCUUUACAAAAACUUUUAUUAUUACUUUAUAAAUUAUCUAUAAAGUUGUAUAAAUCAUAUUAUUAUCAUGCAGCUAUCUUGCAUUAUUAUACAUCACAACAAAUAUUCGAAGUUUCAAAAUAUUUAAAUAUUAAAAUUAAAAAAAAUGAUAAAAAUAAAAGGAAAAAUAAUAACAAAAAUAAUAAUAUAAAUAAAAAGAUAUAUAAUCAUUCCAAUAUGGUCACACCACAAUUUAAUUAUAACUACCAUAUGAACAAUACACAAUUUUUUCUAAUGGAUAAUUUAUUUUCUCAUUCUCUCAACUCACCUAAUAAUAUAAUUAAUAAUAAUUAUUAUUCAAAUCAACCUCUUAAUAAUAAAUCACAUGAUAAUGAUCCGAAUUUUUUUUCUCCAUUUAAAUUACAACAAUCACCUAAAGUGUCCAUAAAUAAAACAGAUAAAUCUUAUAGAACUCAUACCAAAAAUAAUGACGACAUGUUUUAUUUACAUGCUCUAAUCCUUAGUAUACAAAUUCAAUAUACCUUAUCCAUUUGUAUUAUUAUUUGCUCCGAUUUAUUUAAUUUUCCAAAAAAAAUAAAGAAACUCCAAAAGUUCAAUAUUAAAAAUAAACAACAAAUAUCAAAGGAUAAAUACAAAAAUAUGACUUAUAUGUCUUGCUUCUUUAAUCAUAAAAUUUUGUCAAAACAUUGCAGAAUAUUAAAUGGUCACAAAUUUGAUCAUUCUGUUAAAACAAAAAGGAUAAUUAAAAAUAAAGAAAAAGAAAAAGAAAAAUAUACAAAAAAAAAUUAUUUCAACAAAAAUUUUAAUAGCCAACUCGAUCAUUAUAAUAGCAGUAUGAAUAAUACACCUGUGAAUUAUAAGCAACAUGAUACAUUUCAAUUUACAAAUUUAUACAAUAGGAAAUAUAAAAAAAGAAAAUUUAUGAAUAAGAAUAAUUGUAUAUCAUCACAAAAAAAUAAAGAAUAUAAUUAUAAUAAUAUAUUAUUACAUAUAAAGGAUAAUAAAUUAAAAAAAAUUUAUAAUAAAUGCUUACAUAAAAAUAAACAAAGAGAUUAUAAUUCCGACAGUAUUCUUAUGUAUCAAUAUUCUUCCGAUGAAUGUGAUAAACAUAUUUUGAGUGAUUCAUAUAAAGAUAAAUAUAAAAAAUAUAUAAAUUUGCUGUCUAAAAAAAAAAAGAAAAAAAAAAGAAAAAAUAUAUUAAAACUUAAAAAGAAUAAAAAGAAAAAUAAUUAUCAUAUAAUAAUAAAAAUUUCUACGUGGUUGAGUAAAAAUUCUGCUUCCCAGUUGAUAUGGAUAGCUCAAAAGCUAUUUAAGAUGUAUGUCCCGGAAUUGUUGUGCGUAGUCUUGGCUCUUCAAACAAAUAUGUUUAUGAAUAAUAAUAUAUUACCGAAUAUUAAAAGAAUUGACAAGAUACUAAACCUAUGUUCAGAUAACCCUCAGCUGGUUUAUUUCUCCUUGGAAUCCUUAAACAGUUAUAGGAACAAAGAGAACUUGAGGAAAUACAAACAUUAUUUUGAAUUAUAUAAAAAGUAUAAGAAAAUAUUUUUGGAUAAGAAGAAAGACAUUAAUAAUUCGAUGGAAAUGAUGCAUGAACUAUGUAAAUAUUUUUUUGUUCAAAAAAAAAAAACUAAAAAAAAACUAAAAAAAAUAGAAAAAAGAUAG